AUGGUUGUGGCUGCAUUUGGUACUGAACCAGGGGCUGGGACUACAGAUACUGGACUAGGGGUUGUGGCUGUAGUUGAUAUGGAGAUCCCACGACAGAACUUUACGAAACUCCGGAAGCGAUAUGUUGAGCCUUCAAUGAACAAUCUCAGCUCAUGUGCCCAGGCAGUUUGCAAUAAUAGCAAACUGACUGUCUCAGGGUGCAGGCUGAUGUGGUGUGCUCUCUGGAUCCACACCGGGUGCAGUGGAUGUCACUGGCGGAUUAUUUCCGAGUCUGUUGAGGAAGCCGAAAACGUCCUGAUGAAGACCGCCUUGACUUCUGAGGCUGACCAGAUGCCCGAGAAGUUCCCUGACCUGGUCGACUGCGACCACUCUUUUGAAGGUCUUGUCCUCUUCCCCCACGGCAAUCGGUUCUAUAUCUACUUGAAUAAUUUCUCACCCACCAGCUCCAGACCUCGUUGCCCGUUAAUUAAGCUGAUCUCUCUCUCCGAUCUUCGCGCCCCCAUCAUGGCUGCUCCCCGCCUUCCGCCCCCCUCCUUCGCGCCCCCACCCAGCGUCAGACCGCGGGCUCUUGCUCAACUAUCAGCGUCGUCUUCGACUGCCGCCAUCAAGUCGACGAGGAUUAAGAGGGAGGUCGUGGCGGUGACCACGCCUCCGGCGCCUGCAGCGAGGGCGACGUCGUUGUCCGAGGCGUGGCGAGAGAUCCAGGGGGAGGGCGACUGGGUCGGGAUGGUGGAGCCGCUGAGUCCGCUCCUCCGCGACGAGAUCGUCCGUUACGGCGAGCUGGUGGCGGCGUGUUACAGAGGCUUCGACCUCGACCCGGCGUCCGCCCGCUACCUCAACUGCAUGUACGGCAAGCGGAGCCUGCUCCGCGAGGUGGGCCUGCCCGAAUCCGGCUACGUCGUCACCCGUUACGUGUACGCCACCCCGGCGGCCACCGGCUGCAGCCGGUGGAUCGGGUACGUGGCGGUCGCCUCGGACCAAGCGGUCCGCCGUCUCGGCCGCCGCGACGUGCUGGUGUGCUUCCGCGGGACGGUCACCCACGCGGAGUGGCUCGCCAACUUGAUGAGUGCGCUGGAGUCUGCCCGGCUCGACCCGACCGAGCCGCGGCCGGAGGUCCGGGUCGAGUCCGGGUUCCUGAGCCUCUACACGUCGGAUGAGUCCGGCAGCCGGUUCAACGGGGGUAGCUGCCGGGAGCAGCUGCUGGCGGAGGUGUCGCGGCUGAUGGGGGAGUACAAGGAGGAGGAGGAGGUGAGCGUGACGCUGGCCGGGCACAGCAUGGGGAGCGCCUUGGCGGUGCUUCUGGGAUACGACCUGGUGGAACUGGGGUUGAACCGGAGAGCGGGGGAGCAGGUGCCGGUGACGGUCUACUCCUACGGUGGGCCGCGGGUGGGGAACGCCGGCUUCCGGCGGCGGUGUGAGGAGCUGGGGCUCAAGGUGCUGCGGGUGGCCAACGCCAACGACCCGGUGACGAAGCUACCGGGAAUGUUCCUGAACGAGGGCUCAGCGAGUAAGCUGCCGUGGGGCGCCGGCGCCGGCGCGUACUACACUCACUUCGGGGUGGAGGUGGCUCUGGAUUUCUUCGACGUGUGGAAUUACCCGAUGUGCGUGCAUGACAUGGAAGCGUAUUUGAAUCUUCUCAAAUGCCCACAACUGACGAUGGAGAAGAAAAAGAUGAAGAAGAAGAAGGUGGUGCAGGUGAAUAACCCAUGGAGUGAUGAUGGCGUCCAUGGAGUGAUGGAGGUUUUCACGACAAUGGCGAGGAGGUUUCUGGAAGAGCCAAGGUUGGAUUUGAUAUUGUGGAGAUGGCUAGACGCCGCCAUGCAAGUGUCCGAAUUCGAGGCCCACGCCUACGCAUGCUCAGAUAUUUGGAGCGGGAUCCUCCGCUUACUCUGGUCCACUGCACUAUGA